GAUGUACACAGCUAGCCACAACUGGGGAUGUAUCUAAACUGUAGCUGGUCCCUGAUUAGAUUAACAACUAAGUUUAUGUUUACAAUUAUUUUCUCUUUUUCAUUGGUUGUGGUGCACAACACUGAAUAGUUGUUUUCUGCAAGUUUUUAAAGAUGUCUGUUCCUCAGAAAACAGGAACAGUGAAAUCCAAGCAGGGGCCGAACGCCUUGUCUCAGCAAAAAGCACCAGCUGCAAAGGCUGCGAAAGCGGUCAGUAAGAAAAAGGAUGAAGAAGAUGGUGCUGAGAUGGGUGAAGGGGGAGAUGAGUGGACACAAGGGAAGACACUUAUCAAGCCCCCUGACCAGUUAGACCUCACUGAGGCGGAGCUGAAAGAGGAACUCACAAGGAUCCUGACCGCAAACAACCCACACGCCCCACAGAACAUCGUCCGUUACAGUUUCAAAGAGCGCUCUUACAAACCAAUCAGCAGCGUCGAUCAGAUGGCUGUCCACUUUCUACUGGAGGGCAACCUUCUGCACCAGGACUCUGAUGAAGCACGCAGACAGCUGGCCAAACAAGGCGUUUCUCACGCACCAGUGGAGGCACAUGUGACGGAAACCCGUGGAGCAAUAGCAGACACCCCGACUACGGAUGGCAAAGAGGAUGCGGGGGAGGCCGAAGGAGAGGAAAGAACCGAUAGCGUCGCAUCCAAGGGCAGCAAGAAGGAGCAAAAACUAAUCAAUCAGUUCAACUACAGCGAGAGGGCUUCCCAGACCCUAAACAACCCACUCAGGGAAAGGGGAUGUCAGACUGAGCCUCCUCCUCGUGUUAACUUCUCUGCGACUGCCAACCAGUGGGAGAUCUACGACGCCUACGUCGAGGAGCUGCAGAAGCAGGAGAGGAAUAAGGAGAAGCUGAAAGCGGCCCCCGCCAAGAAGGAGGAGGACAAGGGCAAGAAGAAGAUGAUGCUGGUCGAGGCACAGAGCGAUGACAUCACCAAAGUGGCCAAGGUGGCAAAGAUCAUUGAGCGGAUGGUGAACCAGAAUACAUUUGAUGACAUUGCACAAGACUUCAAGUACUUUGAGGACGCGUCAGACGAGUUCCGUGAGCAAGAGGGCACCCUUCUCCCACUCUGGAAGUUCCAGUACGACAAAGCCAAAAGGCUGUCAGUGACUGCCCUCUGUUGGAAUUUAACUUACGAAGAUCUGUUUACUGUGGGUCUCGGAUCUUACGACUUCACCAAGCAGGGCCGCGGCAUGUUGCUCUUCUACUCCCUGAAGAACACCACCUACCCGGAGUACGCCUACCCCACCACGUCCGGCGUCAUGUGCCUGGACAUCCACACGUCUCUGCCCCACCUGGUGGCGGUGGGCUUCUACGACGGCUGCGUGGCCGUCUACAGCCUGAAGGAGGACGGCCAGCAGCCCACCUACAAGAGCACUGCCAGGUCAGGCAAGCACACGGACCCCGUGUGGCAGGUGAGGUGGCAGAAGGACGACAUGGACAACAAUCACAACUUCUUCUCUGUGUCAUCCGACGGACGCGUCGUAUCGUGGACUCUUGUCAAGAACGAACUGGUCUUCACAGACAUCAUCAAACUGUCUCUGGAGGGAGCCUUGUCAGAGGGACUAGAGGGAAUGCAGCUUCCCACCAUGGCUUGUGGAACCUCCUUUGACUUCCACAAGGAGAUUGAAUACCUCUUCCUGGUCGGCACUGAGGAGGGAAAGAUCCACAAGUGCUCCAAGGCCUACUCCAGCCAGUUCCUGGAUACAUUCGACGCCCACAACAUGGCGGUGGACGCGGUCAGGUGGAACCCCUUCCACCCCAAGGUCUUCAUCUCCUGCAGCUCUGACUGGACCAUCAAGAUCUGGGACCACACCAUCAACACACCGAUGUUCACCUUUGACCUGAACUCCCCUGUUGGAGAUGUGGCCUGGUCUCCAUACUCCUCCACAGUUUUUGCUGCUGCCACCACAGACGGCAAGGUCCACAUCUUUGACCUAAGCAUCAACAAGUACGAAGCCAUCUGCCAGCAGCCAGUGGUAGCCAAGAAGAAGACCAAGCUGACCCACGUGGAGUUCAACCCCGUCCACCCCAUCCUCAUCGUAGGCGACGACCGAGGCAUCGUCACCAGCCUCAAGCUCUCACCCAACCUCCGCAAGAAACCCAAGGAGAAGAAGGGCCAGGAACUGCCCAAGGGUCCAGAGGUGGAGGUCGCCAAGAUGGAGAAGCUUCUGAGCUUGCUGAGGGAGCCAGAGGCCAGCUCUUAAGACCUCACAGGAAUCGCACCUCCCAGACUCCCACCUUUACCAGCCUAACUGCAGUCAUGUGCUACUAAAAUGACCCCCCGUCC